AUGAUAUCACCCGUUAAAGAGGCCACGAACGUGCAGAGUCACGAACAGGCUAACCUGCACGACAAACGACACGCCGUGCAGAGCGACGACGGCGAACAUCCUCACAAGAUUCGCCGCCUAUCAGACCUUCAACAAGCCUUUCCGGAUUCCCUGGUGAAAGACCUCACUCCUGAGAGCCCUCCCGAGAUCCCCCCCUCGAAGCUGCAGAGUCAGCUUCCAUCUCCGUCUGCCACAAAAACCGAUGACAUCCAUCGCGAAUUGUCUCCUGUACCAGAACGAAAGACAAGGUUACCGGAUAGGCACACCGAGCGCGCAUCUGCGAAGAGCGCCCGCUCGCCUUUAGAACUAUCGGACAGCGGUGCACUUAUGGAGAAGUGGCUAUCAAGCGUUCUGCCUAGCGAGGAAUACGCUGUCCAGGACGACAUGAGUCUGCCACCCUCGAAAUGA